GGGCGCGGGGUGCGGGGGCCGCGCUCCGCCCGCCGCCCUCGGGCCACAGGCCCCGCGAGCAAACGAGCUGCUGUCGUGUGCGGAAACGCAGCUCUCAGCAGCCGAGGAUAGAUUUCACAGGAACGUAGUGCCUUGUACCGAAAGACGCACUUUAGCUGCUAUUAGGAAGUACUUUAAAAAAUUGGGGAGGUCGUUUCCCUUGCAGCUCUGCCACCAUCUCCACCAUCUGCUGUGUGGACUGAGUCAGCGUGAGAGAAAUGAUGAAGAGGCAGUUGUGGAUAGAGGUGGAACUCGUUCUAUUCUCAAAACACACUUCGAGAAAGAAGAUUUAGAAGGUCAUCGGACACUAUUUAUUGGAGUUCACGUGCCCCUGGGAGGAAGAAAAAGCCAUCGACGUCACAGGCAUCGUGGUCAUAAACACAGAAAGAGAGACAGAGAAAGAGAUUCAGGAUUAGAGGAUGGGAGGGAGUCACCUUCCUUUGACACCCCAUCACAGAGAGUACAGUUUAUUCUUGGAACUGAGGAUGAUGAUGAAGAACACAUUCCUCAUGACCUUUUCACAGAACUGGAUGAGAUUUGCUGGCGUGAAGGUGAGGAUGCUGAAUGGCGAGAAACAGCCAGGUGGUUGAAGUUUGAAGAAGAUGUGGAGGAUGGAGGAGAAAGGUGGAGCAAACCCUAUGUGGCUACUCUUUCAUUGCACAGCUUGUUUGAGCUGAGAAGUUGUAUUCUGAAUGGAACUGUGUUAUUGGACAUGCAUGCCAACACUUUAGAAGAAAUUGCAGAUAUGGUCCUUGACCAACAAGUGAGCUCAGGUCAGCUCAAUGAGGAUGUACGCCACAGGGUUCAUGAGGCACUGAUGAAACAGCAUCAUCACCAGAAUCAGAAAAAACUCACCAAUAGGAUUCCCAUAGUUCGUUCCUUUGCUGAUAUUGGCAAGAAACAAUCAGAACCAAAUUCCAUGGAUAAAAAUGCAGGUCAGGUUGUUUCUCCUCAGUCUGCUCCAGCCUGUGUGGAAAAUAAAAACGAUGUGAGCAGAGAAAACAGCACUGUUGACUUUAGCAAGGGACUGGGAGGCCAACAAAAGGGGCAUACUAGUCCCUGUGGGAUGAAACAAAGGCAUGAAAAAGGACCUCCACACCAGCAAGAGAGAGAGGUUGAUCUUCAUUUUAUGAAAAAGAUUCCUCCAGGUGCUGAGGCUUCAAACAUCCUAGUAGGGGAGUUGGAGUUCUUGGAUCGAACUGUAGUUGCGUUUGUCAGGUUGUCUCCUGCUGUGUUGCUUCAAGGACUGGCUGAAGUCCCAAUUCCGACCAGAUUUUUGUUCAUUCUUCUGGGACCCCUGGGAAAGGGUCAACAGUACCAUGAGAUUGGCAGAUCAAUUGCAACCCUAAUGACAGAUGAGGUAUUUCAUGAUGUUGCUUACAAAGCUAGAGAUCGCAAUGACUUGGUAUCAGGAAUCGAUGAAUUUUUGGAUCAGGUUACUGUUCUCCCUCCUGGAGAAUGGGAUCCAAGCAUUCGUAUAGAGCCUCCCAAAAAUGUUCCUUCCCAGGAGAAGAGGAAGAUUCCUGCUGUACCGAAUGGAACAGCAGCUCAUGGGGAAGCAGAGCCCCACGGAGGACAUAGUGGACCCGAACUCCAGCGAACUGGAAGGAUUUUUGGGGGACUUAUUUUAGAUAUCAAAAGAAAAGCUCCAUACUUCUGGAGUGACUUCAGAGACGCAUUCAGCCUGCAGUGUUUAGCAUCUUUUCUGUUCCUCUACUGCGCCUGCAUGUCUCCCGUCAUCACGUUUGGAGGACUGUUGGGAGAAGCAACUGAAGGUCGUAUAAGUGCAAUCGAAUCUCUCUUUGGAGCAUCUAUGACUGGAAUAGCCUAUUCUCUCUUUGGUGGACAGCCUCUUACCAUAUUAGGCAGUACAGGACCAGUUUUGGUGUUUGAAAAGAUUUUGUUUAAAUUUUGCAAAGAAUAUGGGCUGUCAUACCUAUCUCUGAGAGCUAGUAUUGGCCUUUGGACAGCAACUCUGUGUAUCAUACUCGUGGCCACUGAUGCAAGUUCCCUCGUCUGCUAUAUCACCCGGUUUACCGAAGAAGCUUUUGCUUCUCUUAUUUGCAUCAUUUUCAUUUAUGAGGCCCUGGAGAAGUUGUUUGAACUCAGUGAAGCAUAUCCAAUCAACAUGCAUAAUGAUUUGGAACUGCUGACACAAUACUCGUGUAACUGUGUAGAACCACAUAAUCCUAGCAAUGAUACAUUGAAGGAAUGGAGGGAGUCCAAUAUUUCUGCCUCUGACAUAAUUUGGGAGAACCUAACUGUAUCGGAAUGCAAUUCAUUGCACGGAGAAUAUGUUGGACGAGCUUGUGGCCACGAUCACCCCUAUGUACCAGAUGUCCUGUUUUGGUCAGUGAUCCUGUUCUUCUCCAGUACUCUGUCAGCCACCCUGAAGCAGUUCAAGACUAGCCGCUAUUUUCCAACCAAGGUUCGAUCCAUAGUGAGUGACUUUGCUGUCUUUCUCACAAUUCUGUGUAUGGUUUUAAUUGACUAUGCCAUUGGGAUCCCGUCUCCAAAACUACAAGUACCAAGUGUUUUCAAGCCUACCAGAGAUGAUCGUGGCUGGUUUGUUACACCUUUAGGUCCAAAUCCAUGGUGGACAGUAAUAGCUGCCAUAAUCCCAGCUCUGCUUUGUACUAUUCUUAUUUUUAUGGACCAACAGAUUACAGCUGUCAUCAUCAACAGAAAAGAGCAUAAACUAAAGAAAGGUUGUGGGUACCAUCUGGAUCUAUUGAUGGUGGCUGUCAUGCUUGGGGUGUGCUCCAUCAUGGGCCUGCCGUGGUUUGUGGCUGCCACUGUCCUGUCCAUCACUCAUGUCAACAGCUUAAAACUGGAAUCAGAAUGUUCAGCUCCAGGAGAACAGCCCAAGUUUCUUGGCAUUCGGGAGCAAAGGGUUACUGGGCUUAUGAUUUUCAUUCUUAUGGGUUCAUCAGUCUUUAUGACCAGUAUUCUGAAGUUUAUUCCCAUGCCAGUGCUAUAUGGAGUGUUUCUUUAUAUGGGUGCUUCAUCUCUAAAGGGAAUUCAGUUCUUUGAUAGAAUAAAGCUCUUCUGGAUGCCUGCAAAACACCAGCCAGAUUUCAUAUAUCUAAGGCAUGUACCCCUUCGAAAAGUCCAUCUCUUCACAGUGAUUCAGAUGAGCUGCCUUGGCCUUUUGUGGAUAAUCAAAGUUUCAAGAGCCGCUAUUGUCUUUCCCAUGAUGGUGUUAGCUCUGGUAUUUGUAAGGAAACUGAUGGACUUUUUGUUUACGAAACGGGAACUCAGCUGGUUGGAUGAUUUAAUGCCUGAGAGUAAGAAAAAGAAACUAGAAGAUGCUGAAAAAGAAGAAGAACAAAGUAUGCUAGCUAUGGAAGAGGAGGGCACGGUGCAGCUCCCGUUGGAAGGGCACUAUAGAGAUGAUCCAUCUGUGAUCAAUAUUUCUGAUGAAAUGUCAAAGACUGCCUUGUGGAGGAACCUUCUGAUGACAGCUGAUAACUCGAAAGAUAAGGAGUCAAGCUUUCCUUCUAAAAGCAUUGAAAGCCGAAAAGAGAAGAAAGCUGACUCAGGGAAAGGUGUUGACAGGGAGACGUGUCUAUGACUUGAUCUUCAAUUUAUUUUUUACAUAUAUAUGAGAAGAGUGCCACAAUUAUUAAUAAAACUGCUUUGAUCAUGUAUUGUAAAUUCUGUCUCUCAUCCCAAAUCCACCUUCAUACUGUAAGUAGUGCAAUACUUGUUUCAUUUCUGUGUUUAAACUUCUGAACAGUGAGACACCCUCGUGAGCAUAUACACUAGUUAAUGCAAGAAUCUCUGUGUUCCUUGCUGUAUGUUAGACAUUUGUCAACACUGGAUUCUCAUGAUUAGUUUUAUGAGAGCAAUAGCUUUCUUAAAGAGAUGUCAUAUUUACCUAGUUUGUAUUUUCCUACUUUAGUGACCUGAAGCUACCUGAUAAUUUCAUUCAGAAGAAUUUUGAAAGGUAGACUUACUCCUUUUUAUUUUUUAUAGCUUAGCAUUAGUGACUUAUUUCAAAAGACCCAAAUCAAAAAGUUAGUUUGGAAACAUUUUUUAAUAAUUGUAUUUAUGCAUAUCCUUGAUUUACUAUGAUACAUUUAAUACUUAAGAGUUUAUAUGUAACUAAAACUUAAAGUCAUUUGAAAAAAAUAUAUAGAAACCUGUUCACAAUUUGUUGAAAAGAAUCAGAAACUAACGCAGAGUCAGGUAGUGUCUGCUUAACAAUUCAAGUUGUGAUUUAUACCAUCAAACACUAGGCUCGUAGGAAAUGCUUCAGGAAAACUUUGUAAGUUUUGUGAGAUUUUCAUUAUAAACCUUUAUCAGAAAUAUCCCGUUAAAUUUCUCUCCUGUUUAAAACAAAUGUUUCCCAAAUAAACUUAUUCUAUACACAGCUGUGGAAGGCCACAUGGUGAGUCCUUGUACAUGAAAUUUCACUUCUGUGUAGUUUUUCUGCUGCUCAAGGUCCAGUACUGCUUAAUGCUGCUUCUGAAUCAUGUUCUAACGUUAGGCUGACAGGUCUCCAACUAUAUUUUUCUCUUCUGCAAAGCUCUUUUCCACUUUUUAAUUGAAUGCAUGUUGUAGAAAAAUAGUCUUUUCAAUGAAUAUUUCAGAUUCUGUUCGAGAAGAUUCUGUAGAUAUUUCAGUCCAUAUGAAAACAUCCAUUUUUACUAAGCUUGCACAAGAGGAAGGAAAGUUAAGAAUUUUUGAGCAUUACUAAAAAUAUGGUAUUUCAUUUCAUUUUAGAUAAUGUGAAGUUAAUAAAGAUGGAAUCUUGUAGUGCUCUCAUUUCCUAAGUAUGACCGGUGAUCAUCAAUCUUAUGAUCUGCAGUGUCCAAUUUUACAAUGAUUCAGCGCCCCAUGGCUUCUCUAAACUAUUAAGUACAUAUUUUGUGUGUAAGUGCACAUGAAAAGUGAAAAAAAAAAAUUCUCUUGUGAUCAAGCUUAUGAGGGAAAUAAAAAACCCCAACAAAGCCUCCAUUAGACUCACAUUUUGAUAUUUCUGAAAACUCCCCUGACAAUCUUUUAAGGAGCCAUUUCUUUCAUGGAAUGUAAACCUAAAAACUAUAAGAAUAAUUUGCAGCUAAUAUAGUUUGUGUUUAUAAAUGCCAAGGAAAAAUACAGAAGCUUUCCAUUCCAAGUGUGUUGCCUUUGUGUGUUUUAUAAUACAGAUACCAUAUUGUAGACAACCCCAUUGUUGUAUGAUUUAGACUAGCUGUACAGCCAGUCAGUCCCCAAAGCAGCCUCCUAGUGUUUUAAUAUAUUAAUAACUGUUCUGUUACAAAUGAUCAUAGUGAAUUAAAACCUUCACAUGAUCACUUAUUUGAAUAAGCAAUCAUACCCAAUGAAAUUCUGUAUUUCUGAGUAUUUUUAUAGUCAUUUUGUUCUUGUGUGAAUUUUAAUGCUAUCUCUAUGUUAAUCCUAAUAUUUUGAAAUCAUAUAAAAUAUAAGAAAAAAUGUAGUGUUAUAUAUUUCCUCCUAAUUUCAGAUUCCUGGUCAAAAUUACUGAAUAUCUUGAAUGUAAUUUAUUGCAAAGUUCAAGUAAUGUGUAAAUGUGACUAGGAUAUUGUGUUUUUCACAACUAAGAAAUGUUAUGUGGAAAUAAAUAUUUAUCCUAAUUAA